GGUUGCUGGCGGGCUGCAUCAGCCAUCUCUGUGGGGAGCGGGCGGUGGGCGGGCUGCCUGCGCGGCCGUCGCCGCCUCUCUAUGGCGAAAAGCAAGUUCGAGUAUGUGCGGGACUUCGAGACGGACGACACCUGUCUGCCCAACUGCUGGAUAGUGGUCCGGCUGGACGGCCGCAACUUCCACAGGUUUUCUGAGCAGCAUGAGUUCAAAAAGCCAAAUGAUGACCGUGCUCUUCAUCUGAUGACCAAGUGUGCCCAGACAGUGAUGCAAGAAUUGGAGGAUAUUGCUAUUGCUUACGGACAGAGUGAUGAGUAUAGUUUUGUUUUCAAAAAGAAGAGUAGAUGGUUUAAAAGAAGAGCAAGUAAGUUCAUGACUCAUGUGGUCUCCCAGUUUGCCUCAAGUUACGUUUUCUAUUGGAAGGAUUACUUUAAGGACCAGCAACUUCUGUACCCACCAGGAUUUGAUGGACGAAUUGUGUUGUAUCCCAGCAACCAAAAUUUAAAGGACUACCUCAGCUGGAGACAAGCAGAUUGCCAUAUUAAUAACCUUUAUAAUACAGUGUUUUGGAUGCUUGUACAGCGAAGUGGUUUGACACCAGUGCAAGCCCAGGAUAGACUCCAGGGAACUUUGGCUGGAGAUAAGAAUGAAAUCUUGUUUUCUGAAUUCAACAUCAACUACAACAAUGAACCUUUGAUGUAUAGAAAAGGAACUGUCUUGAUAUGGCAGAAGAUUAAUGAAGUCAUGACUAAGAAAAUAAAACUGCCAAAGGAAGCAGAAGAAAAGGAAGUUGAAGUGACCCGGACUAGGACUAAAGUUGUUCCCCUGCACUGUGACAUUAUUGGGGACCAGUUCUGGGAGGAAUAUCCUGAGAUUCUCGCUGAGGAUAGUUGAUGUCUCUGAUGAAUAUAACUGGUAGUUUAUGUUUUGCUCUGCUUGGGUUGUUGGCAAGUGAAAAGUAAUGAAUGGAGGCUGGCAGAGUUUAACCUGUUACCCUCUUCAACAAAUACAUUGGUUUUAGCACUGUUGUUGCCUGGAAAAAAGACACUGAUAUGUUGUCUGACAUACAAGGGUACGCCCAUAUGGAAAACUAAAAUCAUACUAUAUUUUGGAUGUUAAGAACUCAUCAUAGGUUAAGACUGCUCCUUCCUUGUAUGUGCAUAUUUGUAGAAAAAGUGUACAGAAACUUAAUGUGUUUCUAUAGCAUUUAAACCAUGCAGUAUUUUACUGAACUGCCAAACUAUAAAAAAGCUUGCAUAUUUGAACAGUUAAAAGCAGAGGAGAAAAUAAUUCUUUUGAUUAUUGUUUCAACUGAGAUGGACCAGAAUACUUCAACUGGCAUUUAGUAUUACAUUUCAAGGCCUGUGUGUUCAGUCAGAUUAGUGACAAACUGUUCAACUGCCUAAUGUCUCUGAUUCUUACCGAAAGGAAAUGGAGUAGCCCAGCAGUUUCGUAUGACUGAUUUUAAAAGCUUUUGCCAAAUGUACAGAAUUUUUAUACUUUUUAAAAAUAAGAAAUAGAAAUAAUUGUUUCUUCCCUGCUGU